AACAAACAGUUUAUGGGUACCGCGGUGACCGAGCACACCCCAAUCGGCUUCGUAGUUCGUACCUAUUCCCUAUUGCCGCGGUUUUUGUGACUUGUUCAGUGUUCAUUUAGUUGUUUGUUUCAAUUUUCUGUCAUAUUCUCGUAUAGUCACUUCGUGUCUACUUGCAUUUGGCCAUUAUCAAUUCUCUGAGAUUUCAUGUGGGCUAUCCGACUGUUGAUUGCCGAUCGAUAAUAAUCAAUCAUUCGUUUUGUCUACGCUCUAAAGUCUUCCACGCGAAUAUCAACCAUGAAACUGUUGACGCACAAUAUGCUGUCAUCCAAAAGUCUGGAAGGAGUCAUAAUAGGAUAUCCGCUUCGCAUUGAUGCGAAAGACAUCAGGAUAUCCCAUUAUCCGUUCAACAAGGAGUUUGUGAAGAAAAUGAUACCGAAACUCAAUUGGAAAGUUUUUGUUAACGCAGCUAAGCAAAUUGGCCAAGGAAAAGACCUGUCUGAGAAGAUAGUUGAUGGCUUUGAAAACGAUGAAGAAUAUCUCAAAAAAGUUCACCAUCUACUCAUGGAAGUAGAUGUUAUAAAUGGUAAACUGAUAUGUCCAGCAACAGACAGAGUGUUCCCAAUAUCAGGUGGUGUACCUAACUUACUGUAAAGUUAGAAUUAAGUAUUAAUAAACAUUACAUUUAAUGGUUUCUUUUAUGUUAACAUUUUACAUAAUGUUUUUUUAUAAUUUAAUAAGAAAAUGUAUUUAACCUGAUCUACAAUUAUGUAUCGUUAAUUAAAAUUAAAUUACUUUGUACCA